GAGGCUACACGGCCGCCAGUGGGAGGACUGGCUAGGGGGAGCGCAAAAAUCAGAGAUUCCACAGAAAACAGCAGGAGAGAAGGAAGCGACAGCACAUAGACCAGACAGAUAAAGAAGAGGAGGAACUAUUGCAAUAUUUGUUUACAGGAGACAACGAGCACGCAGGGUCACUUGGUCAAUCAGCUGUGCACCACCCCAUGAAGUUGCUGGCAAUUUGAGAAAUGCCCUCAUUCCAUCACGUCUGCGUGACUCAGAUCGGACAGGAUUAAAAUAGAGCUGGAUUCUCCAGAGAGUGCGAGAGCGCGAGCAAAGAGAAGCGAGAGAACGAGUGAGUGACGGCGAGAGUUGGAAUCCGCGCCUCGUAAAACAGACCUGUCUUGACCUGCAGGCCUUGCUGACCCCACACACACACACACACACACACAUACACACACACACAAGAUCGGAAUCGGGUUGAGGCAACCACAUGAUUUCAAAGAAGCACAUUCCAUAAGCCAUGCUUUGGUCUGCAGCCCUGGAGACGGGGUCCCUGGAGGGUCAAGGAAGGCACUUUUCCUGGGAUUGAAAGCAUAAUUGUGUGCAUCAGAUCUACCAACCCAGCGACCCCACACCCAUCCCCUUGUGCGCCCAGUUUCCCUUAGUACCCUUCUUCCUGCCUUGCACAGAGAGAGAGAGAGAGAGAGAGAGAGAGAGAGAGAGAGAGAGAGAGAGAGAGAGAGAGAGAGAGAGAGAGGGAGAUUUCCCCUCAGAUGGGAUGCUCAGCCACAUCAGAGGAGUUAACCCAAUCCAGAGGCCGACGCAAGCCUGAGAGCAGCAUCGGACUGAGAUCAAGUGGCCUGAACUAAGAUUAUUUCUCUCUGAUGGGAAAGUCACCCCCGUCCCCACUCACACCCGCACUCACAGUCGGCCGCUUCCCCCUUCACAGGAUUUAAUCAGAUUUCCUGCCACUUUCUCCUCUGUCCAGCUGCGCUUGGUGCCUGGAGAAAAACAGACAGACCCGGCGUCUGUGCCGCCCGCAUCCGUACAUGAUCCGACAGGAGGCUUGAGAGGGGGAAGGGCAGGGCAGACAGGGGAGAGGGAGCGUCUGAGCUCGAGCCGCCAUGCAGGAGGAGAUUCUGGGCUUUUUCUCGGACCUGUGGAACACGGCCACCAGCAAGCACGACCAGGGCAUCUACAACACGGUGUGCCUGGUGGUGCUGCUGGCCCUGCCGCUGGUGGUGUUGGCCACCGCGCUGGUGGUGUGCUGCCACUGCUGCUGCUGCCGCCACGACCGAUGCUGCGGCUGUUGCUGCGGCAGCGGCGGCGAAGAUGGCGCGGGCGGACACAGGGCGGAGAAGCAACGGAAGAAGAAUGGCAAGCCGAAAAACGAGGACUUGUGGAUUUCGGUCAAAUCUGGACCUAUGACUCCCGACGUGGUGGGAUUGAGUAUGGUGUAGACUAGAGGACACCACCCUCUACGUACAAACUCAGGUCUGAGAUGGAUGACUGGUCACAUUUCUUUCUCUUUUUUACUUUUUCACUCUUUCUUUUGGUAAAAGGUACAAAUCAUGGUACUGCGUGAAACUGUAGAUUGACGGAUUGGACAAUGAAUGUGCCUGACAGAAGAACCCUUCACCAUGUUUGUGUGUGUGUGUGUGUUUGAGAGAGAAAAAGAGUUUGUGUGUGUGUGUGUGUGUGUGUGUGUGUGUGUGUGUUUGAGAGAGAAAGAGUUUGUGUAUGCUGUAUUGUAAAGUAAAAACUGUAUUGUUGGGUGCAAUUU